AUGGCCACCCCACCACGCCGCCCGCCCCUAACCCACUUCCUCAGCAUCCCAUUACACACGCCCGCCGCCCUCCCCGCCCUCCAAACCGCCCUCUCCGACCUCACCACCCUCCUUGCCCCGCGCCUCCCCGCCGCCGCAAUCCGCCCCGCAGUUACCCUCCACCUCACCCUCGGCGUCAUGUCCCUUCCCACCCCCGAGCAGGUCCAGUCCGCGGUCUCAUUCCUCGCAUCUCUAGACCUGCCAGGAAUCUUACGCUCCGUGACACCUGCCCCCGCAGCCCAAACACCCCCCCAGCCCGUAGAAGGCCAAACCCCUCCACCCCCACCACCACUAAAGAUCACACUCCACAACCUCACUUCCCUCGGCGCCCCGUACCGCGCCACCGUCCUAUACACCGCCCCCCACGACGCCACUGGCCGUCUCCCCCGCUUUGCCGAGCACAUCCGCUCCCUCUUCGCCGCCGCGGGGUUUUUACUGCCUGAGACGCGGCCGCUGCUGCUGCAUGCGACGGUCGUGAACACGGUGUACAUCAGCGGCCGUGGGCGUGGGCGCGGGCGAGUGACGUUUGAUGCGGCGGAGGCGCUGGAGUGGGGCAGGGGUCGGGUGUUUGCGGAGGAGGUGGAGGUGGCGGGAGUGUGUGUUUGUAGGAUGGGGGAGGUGAUGGUGGAGGGUGUGAGCCAGGGGUAUUUGGAGGUGGGGAGGGGGGUGUUGGGGGAUGUAUGA